CUCCACAUCACCCUCUCCCUCCAACAAGCGGCUCGGCAGCAUCGUCUGCCGCGCGUGAGCGUUGCUGGCUCUGAGUGCCGAGCACCCCUCUGCCGCCCGUGCGGCGUCCACUCUGCACCGGCCGCCGCCCUGGCCACUCUGCCGCCCGCAACUACCGAGGCCGUCCAGCCGCUGCCACGCUCCGCAGCGUCGAAGAGGUAGGCUGCUUCGACAGAGCAGCUUGCUUCCCGAGCAUUAUCUUCGCACGCUGCAGCCUCGUGCGCUGGCGUGUGAGGUGGCGCCAUGUCGCUCAUUGCCGAUCCCGACUAUGUGAUCCACUCUCUUCGUCUUGCCUACUUGCGACACAUCGACGACGUCGCCGGUCCCCGGAUUCUGUCCUUUCCCUCCAUCGCCCACCUCGAUGCGCCCAUCACUGGAGCAGAGGGUGCGCUCGAUGAGGCCUCCUCCUCCUCGCCAUCACGUCGCAGUGGCGGCGGUCAUGCCGAAGCGGCGCCGCUGCCGGCACACGACUCGCACGUCGUCGUAGCCGGCCUGACGUCGGCGCGCUGCCAUCCCGAGCUGCGCGCCGUGCACUCGCCCAAGCUGCGUGGCGCCUCGCUCUCCUCUGGCGCCUCCAAUGCGGCAUCUGCCAGCAGCGCGCAGCCUGCUUCGGGUCCCGCACCGCGCGUCGGCGCAGGGCUCAAGUACACCAACACCAUCUACGGCGCUGGGCGCUCGGGUGCUCUCGGCAUGCGCGUCUCGGGCCGGCGAGCACCGUCGCUCGAUGAGCCGUCCGGCAGCAGUAGCCGCUCGCGUCCUACUCGACGGCGCAGCGCUGCGCUCGCCGAGGCAGCGGGCCGGCAGGCCGAAGACGACUCUCUGCGCGUGUCGAUGGCGCGCAGAGGCAGCAUGCAGAGCGGCACAAGCGGCACGGCUGGAGCAGCGACUGCCUCGUUGAUGGCGGGACGACGCAGUCUGGACGUGCCUGCCUUGACGCUGCAUGCUGCAUCUGGAGAGAGCGGACGGCAUCAGAGGCUCGUGGCGCCAAGCUCUUCCUUCUCGGAUAGCGGUUUGUCUUCUCCGCCUUUGGGCCCGGGCUCACGACCUGUGGAGCGGAGCGCGAGCAUUGCCGGCCCGGCACCGGAACGACAGCGCGAUGCGGCACUACCGCAGGGAAGAAGAAGGAGCGCUAGUGAGGGAGCAAAGGCGCUGCUGGGCAUGACGAGAGAUAGAGGCGCAGAGGAGGAGGAGAUGAACAGCCACGACGACGAUGUCGAGUCGGUCGUGAGCGCCACGCCCGGUCUGCCGCGCCUCGAGUCCAACUCGACCGUCUUCUCACUCGCGUCCGUGCCUUCUUCUCGCCCGCGCCCGAGCCUCAACCUCGAGCGUCAGGGCAGCGUAGGCGGAGGCGCCGACAACACGCCCAUGAACACGCGUCACUUCUUCACGCCCGUGACCGAGAUCGACGAGCCUCACUUUACAUCCCACGGCCGCAGCUCAACGAGCGACGACGAGCGAGCAGAUGCAGGGUCGAGCGUCAGGCCAUUACACAUGCGCAAGAUCAGCGGCACGACAGACUCAAGCGUGCCCGACAUCGAAAGCUCCACGGGCGCCUCCUCAACCAGUGCCAGCUCUCCGGCACCGCACUUUGCACGCAUGCGGGCCUCGACGCUGCCGCGCAUGUCGCCGGGUCAGCCUCAGGCGGCGCCGCCGGCGCAGCUCGAGGAAGAAGAGGCGGAACAAGCGCUAGCGCAGUCGUUGGACGACGUCGAGCCCGCAGCGCCUAUCCUCUCGGCCCUCGGCCUCGACACGGCAGACGAGAGUCUUGCGCCGGUGCCGCACGUCACUGCGCCGUCCGACACCUCUCGCGAUCGGCCUCCCGCUGCGGGAGUAGCCAGGCAGCCUGCUCCAUCGCAGCCGCGCUCCCGCUCCCAACUUCGUGCAGCAGCCAGCAUGACAGGAGCGUCCAACGAGUACUUUGCCUCUCUCAAGCGCGACGUUCGCAGUCUGGCCGCACGCCCUGCCAUUUCAUCCCUCAGCGCGCAGCUCAAGGCGCAAAGUGCCGGUCCCGCCAACCCCUUCUCCAACACCUACGCUGGCGUCGGUGCGCGCUCAGGUGGCGGCAUGACGCUCACGGUCUACUUUCCCUGGGCUGCCACGCAGCCUCGUCGUGCAGGCAAGCCAAGCAGCGAAGCGCUCUCCCUCGACGGGUCAGCGCGCUCGAUGCAGCUCAGCGUGCGGCGCGACGCAAGUAUGGAGGAAGUGGUGGGCUAUGCCCUUGCGUGCUACGUCGACGAAGCCUGGCUGCCGCACCUGGAUGACGGAAUAGAGGCGAAGGAGCAGGAUCGGCUGGACAAUCGUCUGAGUACGAUUGGCUGGGCGUUGCGGAUUGUCGAGGACGGAGAGGUGGAUGAUGAUUACCCGGCCAUUGAUCGCAGCCUGCUGGUCGGCAAGUUCGGCGCGGAUGAGCUCGCAGUCGUGGAGGCUACGCCUGCGCAAGUACGGCAGCAUCUCGCUGCUCUCACUCCCGCGCAAAAAGCAGCGCGUGCAGCGGUGCGACCCACACCUCGCAGCGACGUCGACGCAAGCGGUCCCUCUCGACUUGGCGCUUCCACGCUACCCGCUCCUCAGGCCGCGCGCCUAGCGGCAGCUGCGAGCAAUGCGCCGGCCGGCUCGCUCGUCACCGUGCAAGGCACACCCAUCUUUGCCUCCUCGGCCCUCUCGCGCAGUGCGCUCGGCUCGGAGAAGCCCAUCUUUCUGCGCGUCGCCGUCACGCCGAACGCGGCAGUGCGCUACAAGACGACGCUGCAAGUGCCGUCGGACAUGUAUCUCGCCGAUGUGCUCGAGAUGAUCUGUCGCAAGCGCCAGCUCGCCAGUCCGGACGAGUGGGCGCUCAUCGUGCCGGACAAGAAGAUUGUGGCGCCGCUGGAUCGCACCGUGGAGAGCCUGGAGGGCAACCACGAUCUUGCGCUCGUCAAGCGCUCGAGCCUGGGAGCUCAGGGCGGCGCCGGAGCGCUGACGGCGCAGAGCACAAACCCCAGCGCGUCCAUCUUCAAGCGUCUCUCGGAGCCCGGGCAGCCGCGGUACAACAAGGCCAAGGAUGUGGCGUCGACGUACAAGUCCUACACGCUCAACCGCAAGAUGCCCAUGUCUGUCGGGCGCCACGAACGCACGCUGACGCUCGAUGGCGACUGGGUGCACAUCAUUCCAAACGAAUCUCGAGCGACGCAGUUGCCCGCCGCCAGCUUCCCCAUCUCCUCGGUGCUCAGCUGUGCGCAGUCGACCAAGGUGCCGGCCAGCUUCAAGCUCGUCACCGCCAAGAAGCGCUACGACUUCGAGGCCGGCUCGCCGCGCGAAGCGGCCGAGAUUGUCGGCGAGAUCAACAAGCGCAUGGCGGGCGCGGUUGCCUUGUUGAUUGUUGGCUGUCGGAGGCGUGUGGCGCUGUACGCAGAGCUGCUCGCGCGCAAUGCGCGGGCAAGAGAGGGGGAGGCGACUGCGAGGGAGGAGAAUAGAAAUGCGGGAGUACGGAGGAGGCGCGAGUUGUUGUAGUGCCCUCGUUGUAUUCGUCUCAGGCGUGCUG